AUGGGAUAUAGAGACACGAGGCGGCCGAAGAGCUGUGAAGCCAUUAGUCGGGAUGCAAAACUCAAAGGCACACUCUCCGUCGGUCUUAACAUUCGCUUGCAACAAGGAAAGGAAGCGGUUUCCCAAUAUCCAGCGAGUGGCAACCAGCCUUCAGAUAGACUGCUCACGGCAGAUGACAAUUCCAUUGUACAGGGAUCAGCGUCCCAGCUAAAUGAGUGUUUCCAGGAGAAUGGAUAUGCUUUACCAAAUAGUCGGUGUGAAACCCAUACCAUGCUGAAGCUCACAACCUUUGGCGUACUCAGACAUUCAUCGCACUAUUCCAUUAGGACAGGCACCUUGAAGCACCAUCGAGUGGAAGCAGGGAUUGAUGAAAUAUGUCAAUGGAAAGUGGCAAAACUAGACAAUGUUUUAGCCAACUUUGUGUCCUCGCAUAGGAAAUAUCACCAUGGAAUUCGGCAUUAUACACCCAUGGCAAAUCAAGUUACGGGUCUUUCUGUCCCCGGGCUUCACACAUGGACCCGCGUGGCAUUGAUAAACUCUGCUACUUCGGAUGAGCCAUUACAGAGAAAGAUCCCCGUGGCUAUGUGGCUGCGCUUCGUGCUCCUGACAUCCACUCCACACGAACAAGCAAUCCAAAGACAUAUGGGAGUCUACUUAACUGCUACACUCGACUAUAGAGUACCAAUAUGCUCUGCUACUUCGAAAUGCGUCAACACCGAAAAGCCUGCGUAG